AUGAUUUCCACAUUACUCGUCGCUUCCGUGCUCUCAGCACUGGUGGUAGCCUCACCAUUGCAAGAACGUGCGCUCCCGCCCAUCUUCCAAGUCCCGCAGACGGCAUGGACCCAACUCAACGCGAGCGUUCAGGGCCGCCUAGCGCGAGGAUCGCCCAUGGCUCGGAGUUGCUUCCUUCAAGCUGGGUCCCAAGUGGCGGGGUCCUUUGACGCGAACCAGUGCGCCACCGUUCAACAGAACUACGAGGAGGACAUCUUCAUUGCCGAUCAAUUUGGUGGAUACGCUACUGUGAGGGACUUACUGCAGUUGACGUUUGGGAGGAUUGCGCACCGCACACCCGUCGGUGACCUCCUAUUUCGACCCCAGGCCGGUGGCGGCCCAGUCCUGCGGAAGCGGCGGAACUGCUGAGAGGCAGGACGACACUUCGAAAUUUGACACACCACAAUAUGAGAGAAUUGUGCUGACAUCCCUCUGUUGCUCCUGACCUCGCAGGCAAACUGGGGAACCUGCCAAACGACCGGCGGUCAACGCUUGCUCGACUACAACUUGCCGCAGAACCCUCUCGCCUACGCUGCCAAGACUUGCCAGCAAGGCUCCGUACCCCCUUACUAUGUGGACGUUCAGAAGCCCACCGACGUGACGGCUGUCAUCGCCUUUGCCAAGAAGUACGGUGUCCCACUCGUCGUCAAGAACUCGGGUCAUGACUGUGAGUGCGGUGACCAGUACACUGUUGGUUCGUCGCGGCUAGGCGAGAGCAACUGCUGAUACCCUCGCUCAUGAUUUGAGAAUUUUAUACAGACAAGGGUCGAUCUUCCGGUCCCAAUUCUCUUGCCCUGUGGACGCACAACAUCCAGUACAUCACGAGGAACAAGAAGUUCAUCCCCGCCGGCUGCCCCACCAACAUCCCCACCAAAGAUGGAGUCACCUUCGGUGCCGGUGUCCCCUUCUACAAGCUCUACCAAUUCGCCGAAGACAACAACAUCACCAUCCUCGGUGGAUCAGCCCGCACGGUGGGGCCCUCCGGUGGCUGGAUCCAAGGUGGCGGACACGGCGCUCUGUCGAACCAGCUUGGUCUCGGUGUCGAUCGCGCUCUUCAGUUCAAGAUCGUCAUGCCUAACGGAACGUACGUGACCGCGAACAAGUGCCAGAACACCGAGUUGUUCUGGGCCAUCCGAGGUGGUGGCGGAUCGACGUUCGGUGUCAUCAUGGAGUCGACGACGACCGCUGCACCUCAGGUCACAGUUCAGGUCGCUUAUGUCAAGUUCGUUGGCACGGAUCCCAACUCGGCGCGUAACUUCCUCGCCAUGUGCGUUGAGAACGCCAUCAAGUGGGCUGCCGAUGGGUGGGGAGGAGUGAGUCGGCUCGCUAACCUAGAAGAAUGGCAUGUAUGAGCAAUGGAGCUGACCCAAUUCCGAACCUUCUGUAGUACAUUCAACCCGGAGCGCUCAGCCAGCAAGGCAGCGGAUUUGUCAUGUUCUCGACCAUCCUCAACAACGACCAGGCCAAGGCUUCGAUGAAAGCUGCCACCGAUUUCGCGUCCCAACUCGGCAACGUCGUGAUCAACAAUACGGUCGUCCAACGGCCUUCCUUUCUACAAGCAUACCAGGAGUUCUUGUUCCCCAACGACGAACUCGUCAACGUCCCCGCCGCGCUGGGCUCGCGUCUAAUCCCCAAGACCAACUUCCAAACCGCGGCGAGUCAAGCCCAGCUCCUCGAUGCGAUGAUGAAGGGGUCAGCGAUCGUUGACUCCAACACCAUUGGCACCAACUCGGGCAAUGCCGGUACGCUCGUUUAUGGUGGAUCACCUUUCCAGAUCCUCGUAACGAACCCCGUCAACUAUCCCAACCCUCCUGAUUCGGCUGUCACACCUGCUUGGCGUAACACCCUUUGGCACGUAUUGUAUGCUCCUACCUGUGAGUACAUUCUUUGAUUGGACACGAAGUCAAAACAUCGUUUUGAAGGUACUGACCACAUUCGUAUCCUACUCUUCACAGGGAACUACGAUGGUCAGCCGGUGCCCUCAGCGAUCAAGGCGAAUCAAGCUGCGCAGUUGUUGCGCGACAUCACCCCUGGGUCGGGUGCGUACCAAAACGAAGCGAGCAUCAUGGAACCCGACCCGAUCAACACCUUCUGGGGUCAAACCAACUACAACCGUUUGCUCAAGUUCAAGAAAUUGGUCGAUGUAAGUUUUGCCUUUUGUGUUUUUUUCGGGGCAGGAAAUUUUCGUAAAUGGGCUCAGGAGCUAAACUUGACCCUUUGGAGGAUAUGUUUUCCCCUUUCAGCCAUCGAACAUCUUCACAUGCUGGCAAUGCGUCGGUUACAACGCCAACGACCCUCGUUUCGGUUGCUAUCCUAGGGCUUGA